CCCAGGAGGGAGAACGGAGGGCAGUAGAGCUGGAGGGGCUUCUCCCAAAGAGGGAAGUUGACCGCAGAGGAGAGGCUGGCUGGCCAUCGCUGGGGACUGAUGGAAUUUUGCUCUCUGGGGCUGGUGGCAUUUAAGGAGAGAUGAGUGCCGAAGAAGUCUCCGUGAAUGAGAGCUCACCAGCCCCUGGCAUCCUUGCCUUCCUCACCGCUUCGGUGGCCGCCGACCCGGCCCCACCCAGCGUGGCCCCGGCCGGGGCAAAGCCUGAUCCCACACCCAUCAUCAUUGCCCUCGCCUGCAUCUUCCUCCUACUGGCCACCUGCCUCCUCUUCAUCACCCUGUGCAAGCCAGCGGCCCUGAUCCCAGGCCCCUGUGGUCCCAGCGAGUGCAUGCCCCAUCACCCUGCCAGCCCCAGUGAACCCCGACUUCGUCUCUGGAAGCGCCUGGGCUCCCUGCGCCACCCCAGGCCGGGCUUCCAUCGCAGCCAGCCUGGCUCCCGGUGCCCCCAGUCUGCCCCGACCUGGGUCUUCAUGGAGUCCACCCAGAUGUGAACCACAGGUCUGCCUUCUGGGGCUCCUCCAUUUUAGAGGCUCCCUGAGGGGUUCCUGUGGGACGACCCCAAGGGGAAAUGCCCCCAUAACCUCUGUGAGCUCUAAAACCUAACCCAGACACCGGGAGGAUCAGGAGUGGGAGGGUACUGCCCUUGGCCUAGAGACUUGACCACAAACAAGUACAGUUGAGCUCAAGGGCUCAGCCUUUGCCUCCUGAGGGGGGUGUAAGUAGGCAGCAGGGGCAUCCUGUACAGGGAAGGAGAUCCCUGUUGAAGCAGGCCCCUGUUGCCAUGAGGCAGAGCUACAGUAGCCAAGCUGCUGGGUUCCAGCCCUCCUUCCACUCCCAGACCUCGGGAAGUCCCACAGGAGUCUGGGAGGGGAGGCUGAGGGUCCCCAGUACAGACCAAGUUUAAAGGACAAGAGUGGAAUCCUGGGCUCCUGGCAAGGGCCCUCUGCUGAGGCACUCCUGGGUCCCCUUUGCUGAUGCAAAAGUGUUCGAACAGUAAGAGAGGAGAGAGAGAAUGGAAAGGGGAGCAGUGUGGCUUAGUGGAUACAGCACAGUCC